AAUUUUCAAAGAUAUUUUUUUUUAUUAAAAAAAAAUUACAAAGAGAAGGUACUUGAAUUAGCAUAUAAAAUAAUACCAAAAUAUGGAUUGUUCUGAAGAUAUUCUAAGCCCAGUGAUCUGUGAAGCAUCUGAUUUAGAAUCAAAGGAAAUUGAAGUUAGUUGUCCAAAGCAUAAAAAGAACUUAAUUAAACCUAUUUUCUUCUGCGAUACCUGCUACACGAAAAUACUUUGCGAAGAUUGCCUCGUUCAAGAGCACAAUACAAGUGAUUGCGAAAUUCUACGAUACGAAAUCGUAAAAUCAAGGUAUAAGAAAUUUGCUCAUGAAAUUAGAACCAUUAAGUUGGAAAAUAACGAAGCAAUCGUCAAGGAAAUUUCAAAGUUACAAGAAUACAAGAACCAAUGUCUAAUUAAGAUGGACAGCUAUUUUGACAAUGUUGAAAAGAAAAUAAAAGAUUUUUACGCGAAGAAGAAUGAAUAUUUACUACAAGUUACUAAAUAUCGUAGUAAACCUGGUAGUAUAAAGGAAAAAAUAGACAACUACCUACAAAAAGAUAUAUCCAAGUAUAUAACUAUGAAGAGAGCUCCAGAAUUCUUUAUUGAAUUUGAUCUGCAAGAAAUAGGAGAGGAUGAUUAUAGAAAUCCGCCUGAUGGUCUUCGUGGUAACCUGAAGUUCUUAUCAAAAUUCGAACAUUUUACUGGCUGUAGCGAAUAUUUUUGCGACGAUGGAAUCUACUAUUUCGAUCGAUUUACCUUAAGUAAUUCCUUUCUAUAUUUUAAACCAUCUUUUGGCGGAAGUACUCAAAAAUACGAGCUUAGUACAAAAAUAAUUGAUUUUAAGAUAACCGCAAGUGGUAUCUACGCUCUUGCUACUAAACCUAUAACUUUAAUGUAUUCGAAAAAACCUUUUGGAAGUUUAAUCAAGUUUACAGAGGUUGUCUCCGAUGUUUUCAAGUUGUUUGCGGCUAUUGAGAAUGAAAAGAAAGAAAGCUAUCUACUUUUAGUUGAUACUUCCGGUAGUCUGUGCUUUUAUCACGAUAACAUAAAGAAAUGGAAUAUAGAACGUGUGUAUAGUGAUAUUCGCGAGGGUUGUAUACUGAGUAAUGAGAAUUGUAUUGUUCUUGACGAAUCAUAUAUUGUCAAGAUACUCAGCAAAACGGAUGGAGAUGAAUUGCGAAUCAUUGCGUACGAAAACAUUUCAGGUAUAUGCGCUGUUCCCUCGAAUGCUAUGAUUUUAACUGUGAAGGAAGAUAACGACAGAAAUGAAAAAUCCCUGUUCUUUAUUGACAAACUAUAUAAUCAAAAAGUUAUUUAUAAAGAUAAUAUACAUAAAGCUAUUGGAUUAGCUACUACUAAUAAGCUAUUGGUAAAAGAUGAAAGAACGAAUCAAAUUCAAAUUUUUAAAUUAGAAUAGAUUCUAUCUUGUGUUAAGAUUCAUUAAUUCAUUUUUCUUAUUAAUAAAC